GAAGAAGAGCUGUCAGUUGAGAGGAAAGCGUUGAAUAUAAAUAUUGUAAACAAACAUUUGACUGAUAACGAAGUGAUGGCUCAGGCGUUGGUGUUUAUGUUGGCCGGGUAUGAGACGACUGGAACUCUACUGUCAUUUUGCACGUAUGAAUUGGCACUCAAUCCUCACAUUCAGGAUAUUCUCUGCAAAGAAGUUAAUUCUGUAAUGGAUUCCAACGGAGAGAUAAUAUAUGAAGAGUUGGCAAAACUUCCGUAUUUGGAUUCAGUCAUCUCAGAGACACUUAGGCUUCACACUCCAGUCCAACGGUUAUCACGAAUGGCCACAACUAACUAUCCAUUGGGCGAAACCGGCAUCACAUUGAAAGCCGGACAACAAAUUGAUUUUCCCAUAUAUGCGAUCCACACAUCGGAAGAAUAUUACCCCAAGCCAUUUCAAUUCAACCCUGAUAGAUUUAUGCCCGAAAAUAGGCAUAAUAUAAUUCCGUACACUUACCUGCCCUUCGGUGCCGGUCCUCGCAAUUGCAUUGGUAUGAGGUUUGCAUUACUCGAAGCGAAGUUAGCGUUGGCUCAUAUCGUCACGAAAUACAAGUUCUUUCAGACGCCUAAUACAGACGUUCCGAUUAAGUAUAAGAGAUCAUUGGGUCUGACGGCUCCUCAAAGGCUUAUUGUAGGCAUUGAAAAGAGAUUGUAUUUGUCGCGGGGUUUAAACCAUUGGUCUAAGAGGGGUAUUAAAGGACCUAGGCCUAUUCCCAUAUUUGGCAAUCUAUUGGACUUCUUUAUAAUACCGCAACCAAUACAAGAACUCAAAUGGUUUAAAAAUUAUGGAAAGAUUUAUGGACACUUUUUGGGCAAAACUGCAAUCCUAACCAUAAGUGAUCCAAAGCUAAUUAAAAACGUUUUGGUGAAAGACUUCCAUCUCUUUCCCGAUCGAAGCAAAUUCGCGCAAACGAAGGAUCCGAUUAUGAGUAGAAAUUUAACCCAAUUAACAGGCGAUGACUGGAAGAGAGUUCGCUCUAUAGUUAGCCCGACAUUCACUUCGGGAAAGAUGAAGAAAAUGUAUCCCAGAAUUAAGGAGUGUUUGAAUGACUUUAUGAACCAUUUGGAGACAUUCGCUCUUAAGAGAGAAGAAAUCGAUGUAAAGGAUAUGUACGGCAACUAUACGAUGGAUGUGAUCGCCACGUGUGCCUUCGCCACCAAAACCGAUGUCCACAAGUCGUUGGAUAAUCCGUUUGUAGUGAACGCCAGAAUCGCUUUCAACACAAACCCUAUCAAAAGGGUUGCGAUCCUUAUGUUGCCAUCGGUUUUGCAAAAAUUGUUUGGUUUGUCUACUUCUCACACCAGAGAGUUCUUCAUUGGAUCGAUUCGACAGAUUAUGGCCAAUAGGACUAAAAGUGAGGGCAAAAAGUAUAACGACUUUUUACAACUGCUUAUUGAUGUCGAGAAACAACAAGAUAUAGUUCGCGACGAAAACGAUAAUUUAGAUUCACAUCAUGUGAAUGAAGGUAAAUAUAGUUUCUAUUAUAUCAUUUAUUUGUAA